AACAAAGGUGUAACCUCGGAGCGAAUCUUUAUUAGCAUCUGGAAUUACGUGAGGGUGCUCACAACUUUAGAGGGAAGCCACUGGCUGAGGGGAAGCUGAUCCGUGCUAACCAUCGCUUCGAAUAUCCCAAAGCGGAAGGAGGCAGCCUCUUUCGAUGCCCUGGUACGUUGGAAAGUGGGGGUUCUAGUUAGAUAAGCUGUGCCAUUUAUCUUCUCGGCUUAAUUGCAUCGCUCCGAGUAUCUCUGUUUAGACAAUUCCCUUAGUUAUAUAAAGAAGCGCCUUUUCCUCAAUUUCUGUGUUCCCCACGUCUCUAAAGUACCGAAAUGAAGAUUAGCAAGCUUACAACUGGAGCUUCCUUGUUAGGAAACGCCAUCUCUGCCAGCCUAUCCACCGGUCAACAUAUCUUCCACAACGAUGAAAUCCCAGUGGAGGUCUACUCAACUUUGCCAGACUCUUUCAUCGAUGAUAUCUACGGCGGUUUGGUCAACACUCCAGUUGUGGUCAACCACAGAUUGAGGCGCUUGAACACUGGCCAGUUAACUUUUGGCAAUGAGUUCCAGGCUCUUUCCCGGAGAAGAAACAGAUACCAACCCUACGAGGACGCGGUGUUUGGUGACUAUCCCUACGACUCCUACGCCGAGGCUUACUUCCUGCAGUCGACCAACCUUUUGAAACAGAAUCAGAUCAAGUACCCUGACGACGACAACCUUGAGGAUAUGGACAGUGUCAGUCUUUUCGGGGGAAUUGUCACGUUCGCACACUUUCCUACCAAAAACUGCUUUGCCAACCUUGCCCUGGAAAUUGACAUAGCAAUUGUGGGAGCACCCUUUGACACGGGCGUUUCCUACCGCACCAGUGCACGCUUCGGGCCAAACGUGUUGAGACAGGCGUCCAGACGGUUGGGUCAAGGAUUGACUCCUGUUCGUGGAAAGAAGGGGUCAAAAUUAUCCAAAGUCAACCCUUAUGAAACCAACUUGACGAUAAUAGAUUGUGGAGACAUUCCGAUGACGCCAUUCGACAACCGUCUCGCGUUGAACCAGUUAUAUAGAGGGGAAAGGGCAAUACACCGUCAUCCAACAUCCAACCGAACGGCAACGACGGUUCCAAAGAUCAUCACCUUAGGCGGGGACCAUACCAUCACCUUAAUGGCUCUCAAAUCUAGUUUCGAAAAACACGGCCCUGUCACGGUUCUCCAUUUCGAUUCGCACAUUGAUACCUGGGACCCGAAGGUAUUGGGUGGGGGUAUCACCAAGUAUUCUUCGUUGAACCAUGGUACUUUCUUGCACUACGCCCACGAAUUAGGCUACUUGGCUGGCAAAAACUGGCACUUGGGCUUGCGUGCGCCAUUAAUCGUGGCCGCUGACGGUCCUCAUGACGUUGAGUGUGGGUUUAAUACCAUUACCGCGAGAGAAAUUGACACCCUUGGGGCUCAAGGCAUAGCAAAGAAAAUCAUGGCUAGCGUAGGAACCUCAAACCCCGUGUAUAUCUCGGUGGACAUUGACGUGUUGGAUCCGGCGUUUGCACCAGGAACCGGUACGGCUGAGCCUGGGGGAUGGAGCACGCGUGAGUUGUUGACCGUAUUGGAUGCGCUAGAGGGUUUGAAUGUGAUUGGGGCGGAUGUAGUUGAAGUUGGUGAUGGGUAUGAGGAUAGGGCAGGUACCACCGGCUUGGCUGGAACCGCGGUCAUUGAUUCCAUUCUCGGGCUCAUGGUUGUAGAUGACUACGAAGUUUGAUUGUGUUGGUAGCUAUUUAGAGCAAUA